AUGUCGCCCGCGCGAUACGUCACUCCUGAUCCCGAUGACGACGGCUACGACGAGGACGUCUUGCCCGACCCGUCGUGCUGCCCCGCGCUCCCGCUGCUUCUGCUCGCGCUCAUCGGCACGGAGCAGCGGCGAGAGGCAGCGAAGAAGUGGCACGGACGCAGCGAGCGCGCAGAGGCAGAGCACGAGUAG